AGGUUCCUCCUCUACGGCCGCUACUGCAGCCAGGUGGAAGCGGCCGCGCGGCGCCUGGACCAACUGUCCACCUGCACUGACCUGCGCAUGAAGCUCCAGGAGUGCUCCCAGCGCGCCAACAACGGGCGCUUCUCGCUGCGGGACCUGCUGAUGGUGCCCAUGCAGAGGGUGCUGAAAUAUCACCUGCUGCUCCAGGACCUGGCCCAGUGCGUGAACGAGGUCAAACGGGACAACGAGACCCUGAAGCAGCUCACGAGCAUCCAGCUGUGCCUGCACAACAUGCCGCAGUCCCUGGCGCAGUUCGGGCGCCCCAAAAUCGACGGGGAGCUGAAGGUCUCCAGCGCCGAGAGACGCUCCAAGGUGGACAGGUACGGCUUCCUGCUGGACAAGGCCCUGAUCAUCUGCAAGCGCCGCGGGGACUCCUACGAGACCAAGGACGUGGUGGACCUCCAGUGCCACCAACUGCACGAUGGUGACCUCGGACCCCGCGAUGGCAAGAAGUGGUCCCACACCUUCAUGCUGCUGGACACGGCCGGGCUGCCAGACUACGAGCUCUUCUUCAAGACACACGAGCUGAAGAAGAAGUGGCUGGAGCAGUUCGAGAUGGCCCUGUCCAACAUCUUCCCCGAGCACGCCCUGGCUGAUGGACAUGACUUCCAGAUGUUCUCCUUCGAGGACACCACGUCCUGCAAGGCCUGCCAGAUGUUGCUAAGGGGCACCUUCUACCAGGGCUAUCGCUGCAGCCGCUGCCGAGCCCCCGCCCACAAGGAGUGCCUGGGGCGCGUGGGGACCUGCGGGAAGGCCGUAACUGAUCCUGGAUCGGGUGCACGGAAGAACAAAUCGCAGCGGCCGGGACCUGACAAGAAACGGGGGGAGCUGGGACUCCCCAAAAUGGAGAGCACCCAGUCCUACAUUGGGGUGCCCCCCCCUCCGGGGGUCCUGGCCCCUCCCCUGCGCCUCAGCCCCGGUGACGUCAUCGAGGUGACAGCGGCCGAGGCCGAGGAGCUCUGGUGGCAGGGUCGGAACGUGGCCAGCGGGGAGCUGGGCUGGUUCCCCAGCAGCGCCGUCAAACCUUUCGUGGCCGCGCCGCUGCCGGAUCUCUCUGUGUACCCAUG